CAUCCAAAACCGCUCACGCGCUUUACUCACGUCUACUCCGGCCCCCCGGGUUCCUAUUCUCCUUUGGGCUUUAAAAAUCAUUUAAAUCUUGUAAAUCCUCUCUCAUUCUUUCUUAGGGUUUCAAAGCGUUGAAGGCAAAAAGGACAAUAGGAAUUUGAAUCGUUGAAGAUGGAGAACAGCAGCUUCAUAUCAUGCGAAAAGCUCGAUCGCAUGGCGAAUUGGGUGGGCACCAGUGUUGCAUCGGCGUUCUUCGCUUCGCUGGAGAGGUGUUCCUGCAUCAACCUCAGCACCCAAGAUAUCGAAGACGACGAUGAUGAAGAGGCCAAGGAUCGUCCUCUGAUGCUCACCCAGCCGAUUAUCCACGAUGGCCCUGACACCAACGAUAAUGAUAAGCUCCCUGUUUGAUCGAUCGGUGGUCGGUGUUGGUACUUUUCCCCCGUUUCCUACGUCAUGUCGAUGGUCUUAUCUAACAUGUGAUUUUGCCCUUCUCGCUUUGUAGUCUCUUGUCUGGUAUGCUGUCCCCUCCGCUUUGUAGAAAUUCGGGCAGUUUGUGUUCGUCGUCGCAUAUAUGAAUCCAAGAUCUGUGUUCCUAUGUAUUUGUUGCAAGACAUCUAUGUUUAAUCUCUGUCCUCUUUUUGUCUUUUUUUAUUUUUAUUUUUUCUUCUAUGGGGUGGUUAUAGGAAACUGGGGAUCCAAAUUUGCACCCAAGAUGUUGUAGAAAUAGAGAUCUGUAUCAAAUGGUGUUUCCUUUUGGUACCUAGAAAGUUUAGCAGAACGGGUUAUCUUUGAGUAAUUCAAUUCUGCUGUAUGCUUAUCUGGUAUUAUACUUGCUCUUUUUUUUCAAUAUC